AUGCUCUGCUACAAGUAUAGAUACUUGACGAAUUAUUUUGCUCAGGUCAAACGCUUCAAAGCUGUCGGCUUCACGGCGGCCGCAGUAAAUGCGGACACAUGGUGCCCGCAACUUCGUCAAGACCUUGUUGACGAGAAGUUCCGUGCCAUAUUUGCGUCUCCUGAAAUGCUGCUCGAGCACCAGGGCUUCUCAAAACUCAUGCGGACGCCGAGCUUCACCGACAACGUCUUGUGCAUCGCCAUCGACGAAGCGCAUACGAUCACGCUCUGGGGUGGCGAUUUUCGCAAGCAGUUCGCUGAGCUCGAACGUCUCCGCUCUUAUGCUCCUCUGUCUGUGCCCGUUCUGGCGACCUCGGCAACCAUGACACCGGCUGUACUCGAGGACGUGCAGAAAAAGCUUCGCUUUCGCCCAGAAUACAGCGCCGUCGUGAAUCUUGGCAACGACAGACCUAACAUAACUCCAAUUAUCAUUCGCACAAAGUACGAGACCACGAAGGGCGAGGAACUCCUUCGCACGAUCAUCUUCGUGAAGACCCGUGAUAUGGCGCGAAACGUUUGGGAACGCCUCUUCGAGAAGCUCCCCGACCACCUUAAGAGCCAAAUAAACUUCAUGCAUGCCGGGCGACAUCGGCGGACGAAGCGAUGGGUCAUGGACCAGUUCCGCCAAGGUCACAUCAAGAUUCUCGUUGCGACCGAAGUCGCAGGCAUGGGCUUAGAUAUACCGGACAUCGUCCGUAUCGUCCAGUUCAUGGUCCCCAGAACUCUGAACGAAUGGAUCCAGCACCUCGGACGUGCAGGCCGUGGUGGGGAACCGGCAAUAGUGAUCCUCCUUGUCGAACCGACAGCCUUCCAGACACGCAAGAAGCCAAAGCCCAAGAAGGAUGACGAUCGGCAGCCUCGGGCUCGCAAGCGAAAGGACAUUAAGUAUGAAGAGGUUGAGGUCACCAUUCCGCAGAAGCGUGCGCUCGACAAUGGCGAGGACAGCGACGACUCAGAGCGGGACGACGAUGCGGGCGGGGAGGACGUAGUGCCUAUUCCUGGCACUUCUGCCGACAGCCCUUUGGAGAUCGAUGGCGAAGACGAUACGCAGCCAGGUGGAAUUAGCGAGGAGACGCAGGCUGGCGACAAGUACCAGCGAGGUCAAGAUAGACAGGACAACCUGCAGAAUAGUCAGGAGAGCCGCGGCGACCAGGAGGAUGGUCAGCAACUUAUCAGUGAUGACGAGAUGGUGAACGGUAACGAUAAGACUGUUGACAACGACGUCGACAUCGACGAAGGGGCUCCCGACCGCGAUGAAGAGACUUCGGAAGAUGACGACGAUGUGUCUCAAGAUCCAGAGGACUCACCCAGCUGCACGAUUGAGAUCAGCGGCGACAUGGAAUACCGCAAAAGCUCGAGCCCAGCUCCACGAUGCCGGCGCGCGGUCGCCGAUCGCUACUACAACAACCCACCUCAACAGCACGCAUUGACGGCCCCAUGUUGUGACCUAUGCGUCCUUGAGCUUGAACGCAAAGAUCCUACUUCUCUAGACAACGCACAUCGCAAGGUGUUCAACACUAUCCGGUAUCUUCAGGAUUUCAACACAGUCAAAGCUACACCUCCUGCUCCGAAGCAGCGCAAACCAGACGGAUUCGGUAGCCGACGUGGCGAACGGUACAAGGCGAGUCUCAAGCUCCUCCAGGAGUGGCGCGACCGGUGCUGGACACGGGAAUAUGAAGACUGCAUCUGGGGUCCAGACGUCCUUCUCCCUGACAAGAUCUUGAAAACAUUAGCACGACUUGGGCAUCUCUUGACCGUCGACGACAUCACGAAGGAGAUACCCUCUUGGUCUUUCGCCGACAACCAUGGACAAGAAGUUCUCGACUUGCUCCUGCCUUUUGAUGAGGAAUAUCGAGUGAA